AUGUUAGGUGCACUGAAGCUAGGCGGGUUCUCAAAAGGACGUGGACUUCUCAACAGACUGAAUUUUGAUGUUGCCGCAAGUCAACAAGAAGAGGUGUCGAAAGAACAAGCCACAGCCGAGAACCACGUCCUGAUCUCAGAGACGCUCUACUGGCCCAAACCGCCAACAGCGAUGGUCAUCAGGAACAGGUUAUGGACUGGAUUACCUAUCACCGAGGCUAAAGAGACAACCUACACUAUUGACAAGCCGAAAAAGUUGUACCUUGUAGAAUGCAAUGUCUUCCUUGAUGAAAACGUCGAACAGUGUGACUACUCAGACCCGAGAUCUGGUGUGUCCUGGGCAUGCGUCAAACCCAAGACGCUUCCCUGCAGUUCCAGAGCGGACCACAAGGUGGACUAUGAUCUCUCGGGUCGUCUCAACAAGCUGUGCUUCUUCCUGACGGCCAGCCAGAAAAACAUCAUCAACUCACUGGUAACAUACGACGAAGAGAAAGGAGGAACCUUUAAAAAGACCAUAAAAGGAAGCCCAGAGUCAAUCAACGUGAAGUCGUACACAGACGUACCCAUCUCUGUGUCCAUGCGCCGUCCUCCGUGUGGGCCAGGUAUCCCGGCAUCCCCUUCGCCCACCACCGGGUUCUGGCAGAAGGACGUGUGGACCUCCACCGUGUGUAGGAACCGGCAUUUUCUACAGAGGGAGCACUACUUCAGAUGUUUAAAGAACAAGGAACUUUACUUCAUGGGAGACUCCACCGGCAGACAACUGUACGAGUUUCUCCUACUCCAUAUCCUGAAUACAACCUUCAGUGCUGCCGACCCAAGCAUCACCAGACGUGCGGGGCCCCACUACGCCGUGCACAAACCCAGUAACCUCACCCUCCGGUUCCGUGUCCACGGUCCUCCGCUACGUACAGGCGGUAUCAACGUCUCCCACAUCAACUAUCUGGCUAAAGAGAUCAACUCCGUACGUGGAGGCCCUGGCUAUGUCCUUAUUAUCACCAUGUGGGCCCAUUUUACAUCUUUCCACUAUGAGAUCUACAUCCAAAGACUUCGCGCUAUCCGUACAGCCGUUAUAAACCUUCUACAUAGAAAGCCUGGUACUCUCGUUGUCUUCAAGACCGCAAGCACGCGCACGGGAGUUCCGAGGUUAAGCAGCGACUUCUUCUCUUCUCAGAUGAACAAGAUCAUUCGCAAGAUGUUCGAGAAUGUUGUCGUGACGAUACUAGACGUGUGGGAUAUGACGCUGUCUCACAAGAACGAGGACAUUAUUCAUCCGAAGAAAGAGAUUAUACGCCAAGAAGUGGAGCUACUGCUGUCGUAUAUAUGUCCGUCUCAGAACAAAUGUAAAGGCCACAUCGGGGGCGACAUCGCCAACAAGAUGACGACCGCGCAUGUGCAGCUGGUGACGCUGCUGGUUAGCUGGUGCGCAUGCACCGCCCAGCAGUUUUCCGGAGACCCGACGGUGUGCGUGCCCUGUAACCCGUGUGGGGCGCUUCCUAACAUUCCACAGUCAUUUGAAGCAAAGAUCGAGGUGAACAUUCAAAAUGGGAACGAGACCUAUGACGUAGAGGAGCACUUUGACGGUGAAAACAACAGAGCUGUGGUCUACAUGACACGACAGGGCCGGACUGGGAAACAGAUAUUAAACUUCAACGGUGGGGAGGUGUAUGACAUUAUUGGUACACAGUGUGUGGCACAGCAGCUAGAAGCUGGCGAAGAUCUGUUCGGGUAUAUCCCAGCCCCGAACGGCACACACAUCUUUUCCUCCGUUGUGACGUUCGGUAUGGCCAGCAGACUUGGUGUGACUGAGAUGGGGCGGACCACAGUCCGGGGGAUUCCGGUGGUGAACUACAGAGCCUGUACAUACUGGCCACAGUGGGACACCACCUUUAUCGCGGAUUACUAUUUCUCCACGCCCGAGUUCCAGCUCGCCGGCGGGGACCCGGUGAUCCCGGUGCGGGUCACGGUUAGCGGGAAGGGGCGUAAGCCGAACGCGAAACCAGGCGAGGGCAGAAGGGAUUUCUCCCGCACGUACGAGUACAUGUACUUCCGAUCGUCUCUACGCGCGGACUGGUCUGUUUUCGAGACUCCAAGAGGGGUUGAAUGUCACCAUCGCCAGUCACAAGAAACUUUUCCCGACAUCCCAAACCACCAGCAUUAUGUACAGGAACAGAUACUGCCGCAACAACAAAUAGUCGACGGGCUAGAGAUAUGGUACAACUACGAUCAGCAACUUCUCAGACUGGACUAUGUGGCAUUUACCAGCACCUUCCAGCCCCAGGAGGGAAGGUUUGGUGUCCCAAAACGUGUCAUACAUGACUUCAACACAGGUUUGGAGUACGAGACAGACUUGAGUACUGGAGCCUGUACCAUGCGACGGAUUGUGGACAGCCCACUACAGCUACUAGACAACAGCAAUGGUGUCAUGCUGACUCCUGCCCAGACACUUAGUCUUGAUGGUGUACAAAAAUACUACAUGGGAAAGCAUCUGGUUCGAAACAUCCUAGCUGACGGUUGGAUCUACCGGAGACAGUUUAACUUUAGCGCAGGACCGAUGUGGGUUGAGUAUCAGCUGUACUUCAGCAGUUCAGAAUAUGUGGACCAUACUGGGUUUGCAGACAAUACCAGAGUGCCGCUUCACAUAGAAUUCAAGCCUAUUACGGUACCAGGCAACUACACUGGACCCAUGGACAAAACUGUCAUAAAGAUAUACAACUUCGACUUGGACCAAGACAUCACUGACUUUGCUGUUUCAAAUUGCUAUGAUGCGAGUCGAAAGCAAGUCAUCAGAUUUCAAUUUCCAGUGUCCGUAUCACCACUCCUGAAGCUGUAUGGCAGGGAGUUGACACUUCAGACAAAGAUCCAACUGUGCAGAGCGAUGGGGAUAUCUUUCCUGAGAUGUGAAGAUGUCAUGUAUGACAGCGACAACUCAGCUACGUAUGUGACCAUGACAGUUCUGGAAGCCCCGGCUGUUAGCCCAGGACCACGUGACCAGCCCCUCACUCCUACAGCAGACGCCAUCAUGCUGCUCCAGCAGAAGAUAGACAGUAACCAGCUGGUCAUCACUCUUUCCAGAGAUAUACAGAUCACGGCCAUUUCUGGAACCUUACAACAAGACGUCUACGACCCACCCAGUAAUAUUAUCUGCCGCCCAAACAAAGCUAGACAACGUGACGUCAGUGCGACACAAACUGCCUCUUCUUCAACAACUUCCACUAACUCAGGAUGCGACCAGGGAGUCCAAAAUAGUGCAAGUGGCUUCAGCGCAGGCACGUUGGCAGGAGUAGCUGUUGCGUUGCUGGUGUCCGGAGUUAUACUGGGGCUGGCAGUACAGUACAUCAUCGUCCGACAGAGGAUGAAAAGUGCCGAGUCAGCUGGUCUGACCAGCAGGAUGGAGAUGCCAGACAUCAGCAGCCUGCCUGCUGCCAUUCCUGAUUAGAGUGGAGAAUAGAUAAUAAUAAUAACAAUGGACUUACUUCAGGUGUGGAUUUUUUGCAUGUCAUUAGGCCACACCAAUUUGAUUUGUUGGUUGUCAGAUUUUUUCAGAAGAAGUAAGUUAUAUGUAUGAAGUG